AUGACCACCACAAUACCAAACCUAAUCGCACAAUACAACCAACAAGUCCCCGCGCCUCAACUCCCCCUCCCCUCCGGCACAACCCUCCUCCACCCCGCCACCCAAUCCACCAUCUACGAGCGCAUGUUCAACAAAGAUAAUCCACAGGCAUGGCCAUUACCGCCGGUAGGGUACCGGAUGAGAGUGUUAAAAAUGAUUCUGGGGAGGUUGGAGGAGGCCAUAGUUAAUCCGGAGGAGGAUGAAAUCAUGGACGAGCUGGUAGAAACAUGGGGUGAAUUGAUUACGCUCCCAAAGCCCUCGCAAAUCCAGCAGGCGCAGCAAUUAGGGUACAUCAAAUACACUGCCCCAUCGCCAGCCCAGUCAGACCCCAACCAAGAGCCUCGAACAGUCAUAACAUCCGAAUCCCGUGGCCUAAUCCUCUCCUCCGGCACAACGGGUUUCCGCACCUGGGAAGCAGCCCUCCACCUAGGCACAUACCUCUCCUCACCGUCUAUCGCAGACGAACUUAUCAAGGGAAAACGGGUCCUGGAACUAGGCGCAGGGACGGGCUUCGUAUCACUUCUUUGCGCGAAAUAUCUCAGUCCGAAAGCGGUUGUUGCGACGGAUCGCGAACAGGCGCUUAUUGAGAGUAUAGCGGAUUGUGUGGGUAGGAAUGGGAUUGGCGAGGGGGUGUUGGUUCCGGGGAUUUGGGAGUGGGGGAGUGAGAUGGCUGUUGAUGGGGUGGACGGAGAGGGGUUUGAUGUUGCGCUUGGGGCGGAUUUGAUAUACGACAAAGAUCUCAUCCCGCUCCUUCAAUCAACCCUAACUACGCUUUUCGAACGCUAUAACCUCCAGCAAUUCAUCAUCUCGGCUACGCUGAGGAAUGAAGAGACGUUCCAGGCGUUUUUGGAUGCUUGUCAAACGAACAACUUCAAAGUCGACCGGAUACCCUUCGAAUCACCACCAGAAGACCAGCAAACAGGAUUCUUCCAUUCAACCUCGAUCCCGAUAAAAAUGUUCAGUAUCCGGCGGUAG